AUGCAGCCUCGGAUUUUCCAUUGCGCUGCGCGAGCAGCCCCCGUCUUCAGGACCCCUGCUUUUUCGUCGCAGUUACGCGUCUCCUGUCUCCGCGCCUCGCCAUCAUACCACAGCCCAGCUCUGGCGCGUCGCAAUGCCUCGAGGUCGUUCACUUCGACACGGAAGGCCCUCCUCCAGGAGAGACCGGGCACAAGCUCGAAUUCGCAAUCAAUAAGCGAGCUAAACAACAACAUCACGGAGGAGGAGGAGGAAGACUUUGACCGGAAGGUCGCAGAGGACAAGGGAAAGCAAAUUCGCACGCCAUGGCAUCGUGAAGGCUCAGACGUGCCACCCGUCGGCCGCCAGCGCUCGGCUGGUGCCAUGACGAAGGGCAAACUGCUGACCACGCCCAGUCGAAUGUUGAAAUUGAUCCUUCCACUGACCACCAAGGACUACAACAGCGAUCGCAAAGACGUCGAGCCCCUCGCCCUCCUUGUGCAUCCCCAGCAACCGCUGUCGUACCUUGAGCGCUUGAUCCAAUCUGAGCUUCCCACAGUCAAUAGGGACGGCAAAGAGAGAAUACCAGAAGUCCACUUUCGGGCCGAGGACUCGACACAAAAUUCACGGGAUCCCGCGAAGAAGACUACAGUGACGGACCCGAAGAAGCGCACUCCGAAGGAGAGCGAUGACGACAAUAUCGAUACUCCCGAUGAGCUGCGAAUCGACGGAGUUACCCACAAGACUGGCAAGCUUAACCGGAAGACCGCGGAAGAGGCCAGAUCUCUUCGGGGUGGCGCCGGCGAAGGUGGAGUCGAAUCGUACAGUGGCCUCGGCCAAGAAGCACCCGCAAAUGCUGAGGCUGAACGGCGCUUCGUGCGCUGGUCCAAGUCUACGGAAAUCGGCGACUUCAUUCGAGACGCCGCUCGCGGCCAAGAGUUCGCCGUCGAAAUCGAGGGUGCGCCGCAGGACAUCAGAAUUGGUGUCCCCAGCUUCAAUGACCGCACGUACUAUCUGCGCAUGCGGCUUCGGUCGACAAGCAAAAAGCUCGCACACCUAGCAGACAUCAAGAAGGAGUGCGACUACCUCGCACACAAGGGAGCGCAGCGUGUCGCACUUGGUGGACUGGGUCUUGUGGUCGCAUGGUGGGGAACUGUCUACAAGCUCACGUUUGAUACCGAUCUGGGCUGGGAUACCAUGGAGCCAGUGACUUAUCUUGUCGGACUCAGCACUUUGAUCGGUGGUUAUGUCUGGUUCCUCUACCACAACCGCGAGGCUUCUUACCGAUCAGCCAUGAACAUCACGGUCUCACGUCGCCAAAACAAACUGUACAACGAGCGUGGCUUUGAACUGGAGAAGUGGCAAACUUUCAUCGACGACGCCAAUGCUCUCCGUAAGGAGAUCAAGCUGAUCGCCGACGAAUACGAUGUCGAGUGGGACGAGCUAGCGGACGAGAAAUACCAGAAGGUCGUCGAAGCCUUGCGCAAGGACCGGAGGAAGAAGGAGAACGGCGGCGACAAGAAAGGCGGCAAGGACGACGGUAGCGAUGAUUAG